GCGCCGCGGGAUGAGGGGCUGGGGGCGCCACAGAGAGCGGCUGGCGCUGGCAGGCGAAGCUUGGGGACGGAGAGGAGGUAGAGUGAGCCCUUAGCAGAAGGGACUAGGGCAUAGGUCUGACUAACUCCCCAGGACCACCCCCAUCUCGUCUCCAUCAGGGCCUACCCCGCCACCUCCGACUCACUGGGUGCGGGAGAGGGGGCUAGAGCAGAGUUAGAGCAAGAAGAAUUUCCACCCCUGGAUUACCUCUGAAACCCUAGAUCGCGGAUCAUGUGGUGGAGCCACAGUGUUAAAGAACAGAGAAGUGGUCCUUAAUCAUUUAGAAUUUUGCCUCCACCAUCCACCAGAGAAUGAAGUAGAAAGAGAAGUUGGGGGAUGGUGUCUAUGAUACCUUCAUGGUAAUAGAUGAAACCAAAUGCCCACCCUGUUCAAAUGUACUCUGCAAUCCUGAACCGCCUCCACCCAGAAGACUCAAUAAAUGAAGGGUUCCAGAGCCAGUACAGCCUUACACAUCGGCAGAAUAGAGGAAAUUCCCAGGGACAGACCCUGCACCACUAAUACCUUUCCUAGCAGCUUGCCACCGGAGACUGCGGUUCCUAGAGAGGCAUUCCUUUGGGUUAGGGCAUUGAUGUUCUGUUGAAGUUCAACUAUCCAUGGAGAGGAAAAGGUUGUGCCGAACUUAUUCACUAAGGAGUAGUACUCCUUUAUCAAAGAGGCUCUUGCUGGGGAAGAGUUUUAUAAGAAGCACCCCAGGAACUUGGAUCCUCACUGUUAUCAGAUGACCACUGAGCAGUUUACAAGAGAUCAUACUCAGCACUGUUUGGAUGGAGGUGAGAUGAAGGUAGAACAGCUGUUUCAAGAAUUUGGCAACAGAAAAUCCAAUACUAUUCAGUCAGAUGGUAUCAGUGACUCUGAAAAAUGCUCUCCUACAGUUAGCUUGAAAACAGUAAAACCCAGCAGUUCAUCCAAGGCACCCAAAGUGGUGCCUCUGACUCCGGAACAAGCCCUGAAGCAAUAUAAAAACCACCUCACUGCCUAUGAGAAGCUGGAAAUCACUAAUUAUCCGGAAAUUUACUUUGUAGGUCCAAAUGCCAAAAAAAGACACGGAGUUAUUGGUGGUCCUAAUAAUGGGGGUUAUGACGAUGCAGACGGAGCCUAUAUCCAUGUACCUCGAGACCAUCUAGCGUAUCGAUAUGAGGUGCUGAAGAUUAUUGGUAAGGGGAGCUUUGGGCAGGUGGCCCGGGUGUAUGAUCACAAACUCCGACAGUACGUGGCCCUAAAAAUGGUGCGCAGCGAGAAGCGCUUUCAUCGCCAAGCAGCCGAGGAGAUCCGGAUUUUGGAGCAUCUUAAAAAACAGGAUAAAACUGGUAGUAUGAACGUUAUCCACAUGCUGGAAAGUUUCACAUUCCGAAACCAUGUUUGCAUGGCCUUUGAACUGCUGAGCAUGGACCUUUAUGAGCUGAUUAAAAAAAACAAGUUUCAGGGUUUUAGCGUCCAGUUAGUACGCAAGUUUGCUCAGUCCAUCUUGCAGUCCUUGGAUGCCCUCCACAAAAAUAAGAUUAUUCACUGUGAUCUAAAGCCAGAAAACAUUCUCCUGAAACACCACGGGCGCAGUUCGACUAAGGUCAUUGACUUUGGGUCUAGCUGUUUUGAGUACCAGAAGCUUUACACAUAUAUCCAGUCUCGGUUCUACAGAGCUCCAGAAAUCAUCUUAGGAAGCCGCUACAGCACACCUAUUGACAUAUGGAGUUUUGGCUGCAUCCUUGCAGAACUUUUAACAGGACAGCCUCUCUUCCCUGGAGAGGAUGAAGGAGACCAGUUGGCCUGCAUGAUGGAGCUUCUAGGGAUGCCACCACCAAAACUUCUGGAGCAAUCCAAACGUGCCAAGUACUUUAUUAACUCCAAGGGUAUACCUCGCUACUGCUCCGUGACUACUCAGGCAGAUGGAAGGGUUGUGCUUGUGGGGGGUCGCUCACGUAGGGGUAAAAAGCGGGGUCCCCCAGGCAGCAAAGACUGGGGGACAGCACUGAAAGGAUGUGAUGACUACUUGUUUAUAGAGUUUUUGAAAAGGUGUCUUCACUGGGACCCCUCUGCCCGCCUGACCCCAGCUCAAGCGUUAAGACACCCUUGGAUUAGCAAGUCUGUCCCCAGACCUCUCGCCACCAUAGACAAGGUGUCAGGGAAACGUGUAGUUAAUCCUACAAGUGCUUUCCAGGGAUUGGGUUCUAAGCUGCCUCCGGUCGUUGGAAUAGCCAAUAAGCUUAAAGCUAACUUAAUGUCAGAAACCAAUGGUAGUAUACCUCUAUGCAGUGUAUUGCCAAAACUGAUUAGCUAGCAGACAGAGAUAUACCCAGAGAUGCAUAUGUAUGUAUUUUUAUGAUCUCGCAAACCUGCAAAUGGAAAAAAAUGCAAGCCCAUUGGUGGAUAUGAUUUUGUUGGACUAGAUUUUUUUUUUAACAAGACAAAACAUUUUUAUAUGACUAUAAAAGAAUCCUUCAAGGGCUAAUUACCUAACCAGCUUGUAUUGGCUAUCUGGAAUAUGCAUUAAAUGACUUUUUAUAGGUCAA